AUGUUCUUCGGGCCCAGCUGGCCAUGGUGCCGCACCUGGGUCUGCCCCGCUGCCCGCGUCGGCGCGAAGAGCGCUCUGCUGCAGCGCGACAAGAGUCCCGACAUGGCGAGGCGGAGAAGAUACUACUGGAACGACGUCUGGAAGCCGGGCUUUCCGCAUGCAUGGGGUUGGUGGAUCGCGGCUGUAUGCGCGCCGCCGAUCUGGGCAGGCGUCAUGCUAGGAUGGAUGGUCGCCAGCGUACUGGUGAAGAGGACGUUGCGCAGGAGACGGGGCAGGAGGGAAGAGCAUUACGUGCUGAUCGGGGACGGGCCGCCUGGCACCGAUGAAGAGCAAGAGGUGCGGACAACAAAACCGUGGCAGAGGCAGGACGCAGGAUGGUGGGCGAGGGUCGCCUUCUACGGCGUCUGGGUGUUGUUCGGACUAUAUGCGCUGUGGACGUACGAGCAGGCGGACGACAUACGGUACAGGGCCGCGAUCCGGCAAGCGCAGGCCAAACCAAAACCAAGUGGAUACGGGCGCAAUGAAAAACUGUUUAUCGCUGCCCUGUUCUACAACAACGCCGCUAUCGUCCCCGCAUGGUCCGACUCCCUCCUCGCCGCCAUUCCUUACUUUGGCACCGAGAACGUUUUCGUGUCCAUACUCGAAUCCGAGUCAAGCGACAACACGCCGGAACUGCUUGAGCAGCUCGCAUCGAGGCUAGACGACAUGGGCGUCCUCCAUCGCAUCCUUACUCACGAUACGGUCGUCCGUCGCCCGGAAAACAACGAAUGGAACGCGCGCAUCGGUCAUCUGGCCGCACUGCGCAACCGCGCGCUGGAGCCACUCACCUCCGGGUCAGCGAGCGUCGGCGGCGGCUGGGACCGCGUCGUGUUCUCCAACGACGUCUAUGUCACGCCCGAGAGCUGGGUCGAGCUGCUCGAGAGCCGCGGUGGCGACUGGGACGUCGUCUGCGGGCUCGACUUCAACCACUUUGGGCUGUACGACGCCUGGGUGAUCCGCGACCGAGUCGGCGGCCUCGCAGCCGGAAUAUGGCCCUACUUCUUCGACAAGGCCUCGCGUGAGGCCGUAGAAAAGUCGGAGCCCGCCCCGGUGUUCGCAUGCUGGAACGGAAUCAUCGCGAUGCAGGCCGAGCCGUUCCUCCCGCCGCACCUUCGACGAAACAAGACGUUGUCCGCGACACCCUUGUCUUAUCCGUUGGUGGACUCCCAUCCGAUGGCGAGCGACCCGGACAUGGCGUUUGUCUACGAGGAUGGUCAAGAUACGACGGAGCAGGAUCGAUGGGCUGGGCGGGUUGGCCAGGGGAAAGGCGCCGCCGUAAGGAAGGGCCGGAGGCGGACGAGCCCGCAAGAGGCGCCGGCAUUGCACUUCAGGGCGGGCGCCCCGGGAGAGUGUUACUCGAGCGAAAGCUUCCUGGUGCCGUACGACAUGCGCCGGGUGUACGGGCUCGAGAAAGUGUACGCGAAUCCGAGGGUGGUGCUGGGGUACACCUGGAAAUACUAUGUAUACUUCAAGUACAUUCUUCGGCACUGGGCCGUGCGGUGGUUCGUCGAGAAGGUGUACGACGGUGCGUGGAUGCAGGACACGCGCAUGAUCGUGGGCAACGAGAACGAGGUGUGGAGGUGGGAUGGAGGCGAUUGCCAGCCAUGGUGGUGA